AUGGCCAGGAGCCCACUGGCAACCAGCAAGGAGAUCUUUGAGGGCGCUGGAGUUACCAUGAAGCCCAAAACUUCGCGGCUGAAGGAGGCUAUUGCCAAGCCUGCUUUGACGGCCCGGCACAAGAAGACAAGAUAUGAAUGGGCCGAGAAUAACACAAAGAGAGAAUUCUCGUCCGUCCCGUUCACAGACGAGUGCAGGGCCUCCUUCGACGGGCCGGACGGGCUGGUACUACCAGCUCGGAAGAAAAAGCAGCAAGGGGGUGGAGGUGUCAUGUUUUCGGCGGGUAUCAUUGGAGACACUGUGGUUGGUCCAUGCAGGGUGGAGAAGGGAGUUAAAAUGGACUCGAAAGCGGAGGUUUACCGUCAAGGCACUCAUUAUGAUUCGGUUGACAGGCUGUGGUCUGUGAUUGAAGAUGCCGCGAAGAAAAUCGCCCCCGAAGAAGUGAAGAAGCUAACAUGCUCCAUGGAUAAGCGUCUCAAAAAGCUUCUCCAGCUUCACGGUGGUGCAUGA